GGCGAGAGCUUUGAUGUCUAGCCGAGUAAUAAUAUAAUUUUACUAGAAUAAGUCUUAGUCGAAACGGUUAUCAAUGAGACAAUAAACUUUCGUCGACGCUGUCCAACAAUGUGCAUUAGGGUCGAUUAGCUAGUGUCACAGAUAGAUAUGGUAUUACGCCGGACGUUUCUUAUUUCGUGUCCAAUUCACCUCUCGUCACCUAGUUUUGAUAAGGUAGUGGCUAGUGCAUUCAACGCACUGACCGUCUAUACCAGUGGAAAAAAAUCUAAACUCAAUGGAGUAGUCGAUGUUUUGUGUGAAGCUUGUGAAAGGCUAAAAUGGACAGCUCCUUCGAAAAUCCAGAAGGAAGCUAUUCCCAUAGCUCUCGAAGGCAGGGACAUUAUUGGUUUGGCAGAAACUGGUUCGGGAAAAACCGGCGCAUUCGCUCUUCCGAUUCUUCAGGCGCUGCUGAACAAUCCACAGAGGUUGUUUGCCCUUAUAUUGACUCCGACUAGGGAGUUGGCCUUUCAGAUUUCAGAACAGUUUGACGCGCUCGGAUCCAGUAUCGGCGUCAAGAGCGCUGUGAUUGUUGGCGGAAUUGACAUGAUGACACAAGCGAUGAUGCUAGCAAAAAAGCCCCACGUAGUUAUCGUAUCGCUCAUUCCCUUUUCAGCUACACCUGGACGUCUCAUUGAUCAUUUGGAAAAUACGAAGGGAUUUAGUUUAAAAAAUUUAAAAUAUUUAGUCAUGGACGAAGCGGACCGUAUCCUGAAUAUGGAUUUCGAGGAAGAAGUCGACAAAAUCCUAAAAGUUAUCCCUAGAGAAGGACGGAAAACGUUUCUUUACUCAGCAACGAUGACUAAGAAAGUCGCUAAGCUCCAACGGGCUUCUCUGACAGACCCAGUCCGUGUUGAAGUUAGCUCAAAGUAUCAAACCGUCGACAAACUAAAGCAGCACUAUCUCUUCAUUCCAGCCAAGUUCAAGGAAGUGUAUUUAGUCCAUCUGCUUCAGGAAAUGGCCGGUCAGAGCUUUAUCGUUUUCUGCGCAACUUGUAAUGGUACUCAGAAGCUGGCAUUGAUGCUGAGGAACCUUGGCUUUACAGCUAUCCCCCUUCACGGACAGAUGUCACAGGCGAAGCGAUUAGGAGCCCUGCAGAAAUUUAGGGGCAAAGCAAGGAACAUACUUCUGGCUACCGACGUCGCAGCUCGAGGUCUUGAUAUACCGCACGUUGAUGUAGUUAUCAAUUAUGACAUUCCUACACACUCAAAGGAUUAUAUUCAUAGAGUGGGUCGUACGGCUCGAGCCGGCAGGAGCGGCAAGUCAGUCACAAUUGUUAGUCAAUACGACGUUGAGCUCUAUCAGCGGAUAGAACAUCUCAUUGGCAAACAGCUUCCCGCUUAUGACGUACGGGAGCAAGAAGUGAUGGUUCUACAGGAAAGAGUUCAAGAAGCCCAAAGGUUUGCUAGACAGGAAAUGAAAGAACUUGAAGAUAAGAAAAAAGAUGCGCGAAAACGGAGACGGGAAGGGGCAGAUGAAGACGAUGAUCACCGCGAUGCGGAAAAUGCUUCCGGAAUCAAAAACAGAAUGAAAGGAGGGAACAGCGGGACUAAGCCGUUUAAAAGAAGAAAAGGCAAAUUCUAAAUAUUAGACGAUUAUCGUUUAUUGCAUAUAUGUACGAAACAGAAUCUAAUGGGAAAAAUUAUUCUGAUUUGUUACUAUAAAAUAAAUAACCUUUCCGUGCAACAGAAUUAUUUUGUUAUAUUUAUACUGGGUCUCUUCCAUAUUGAUGAGAAUCUAUAAAGUACAAGACUUACUAUGUAUAUAAGCAUUUAUGCUAGGCCUAUAUAAGUAAGCUUAUAUAUAAGCUUACUAUGUAUAUAAGACUUUAAACAUCAAACGAAUUUAGACACAGUAAUCUGUGUAAUAGAAACGUGACGAUUGGGCGAUACAUAUUUUAAGUUGCCCGCUGAAACUAUUACGAAAACCUGCCAUAUGUUUUAUUUGCAUUUACUACUUAUACGGAUGGUCAGAUUAGGAAAUAUGUUUCAUUAUAAUUUAUAUUACUACUUUUAUUAAAAAUUGUUAUUGAUAUUAUUAAAAAAAUUACGCUAAAAAGGGGAAGUCUUGAAAUUGGACACAGUCACUUAAAGAGAUAGUUGAGCAAUAAUCUAAAUAAUUUACUAAGGAUUACAUUCUAUAGUCAGAAAAUACGACAUACUUUACGAAUUAAAAACGUUCUCCCUAGCCGAAUUCGGACUUCAUAGCGCUAGAUGAUUUACCACUAGCUAAACGAUUAUUAACACUAUAGCAAAUAACAAAAUCCAUGUAAAUGUAGCACUAAGUAAAUCCUUUAUCAAUUAGACGAUAUAACAUACCAUACAGAAGCAAAGUCCUUAACUUGUACAUAGCUUUAGGAAAAUACAAUUCUGUGUGUUAGCUUAUUUCUUAAACGUGCUAACAAUCUUAGAAAUGGAAACCAUUAUUUACUCUGGUGGGGAAGAAGAUAUAGUACAAGGCUGUUACAUAAAAUAUAAGUGUAAUUAUGUAAUUAUUGUUGCAUUAAAUAUAGUAAUGUUAUUGCUACAAUGUCCAUGUAAAAGGCUGACUCUGCCUAACUCAAUAGCACUGCCACAAAGGACUGCUUUUCCUCCCUUGCAGUGAUCAGUACUUGAUGCUACAUCCCCGAUAGGAAAAAAGAACAAAAAAUUGUCUAUUUCGCAAAAUCGCGGUUAUAUAUAUAUAUAUAUAUAUAUACGAAGCUCCAUGCAUACAGCUUACUACUGGCAAAG